AUGGUAUUAGUCGACUACUCCGACUCGGAUUCCGAAACCGAGACUGUGCAGCAGAAGAAGCUCGCUCCCAGCGCCGCCGCAACAUCCAAGAAACCCUUCCAGAAGCUCCUCGAUCGAUCCUCCGGCGCCGGCAAGAUUGUCAUCAACCUUCCGGCUGCAAGCGCAACCACCGAUGCCGCCGUUGAGGAUAGCCAACCACCAGCAAAGCGAGUGAAAACUGCUGGCGGAAGCAGAUUCAGCAGUCUAGGCUCAUUUCUGCCGCCACCCAAGAAGACAGCAACCUCCGCGCCAGCAGCACCAGGCAGGAAACAGGGCGUGGUGCCCGCCCCCGGCGUGCAUCUGCGGACAGCUGCCGAGCCAGCAUUUAUUAGGGGCUGCCAUGGCGAUGAUACUGCGGACGUUGAUGGCGAUGCAUCGGCAUGCUCGUCCUCUGGCCUGAACCUACCUGCGCCGAAUUCCAAGGGCCCCGCAGGCCCAUCGAUACCCGAAGGUCAAAAGCCAGAAGAAGAGGUCAAGCUUGUCGGCAAACCGCUCAUGUUCAAGCCGCUGUCAGUCGCGCGGAAGAAGGCACCGGCCAAGGCCAAGAAGAAAGACUUGGCGGCCGUCGUAACUCCUCCGAUGCCAGGCGUAGCAGCAUCUCAAACCAGCUUCACGGCUCCGCCUGCUGCAUCCGCUACGACAGAAAGCCCAGAAUUUCCGCCAAAGAAAAAGGUCUCCCUCUUCUCCAUUGGCGACGACGAACCCGCGCCUACAACCUCCGUCACUACCGCACAAACAGGCACUUACGAACCCAUGUUCACCUCGGUCCCCGAACCCGACCAAGAAGACGACGAAGAAAGCGCCGUAACAUCCACCUACCCAACCUACCAGCAGCAACAGCAACAACAAUCCAGCGUCCCCUCACAACACCAUCAAGACCUCUCUUCCCUAGCCUCCACCCUCACUCCGGCAGCCCGGCGCGAACUCUUCGGCCGCUCCACCACCACCACCACCUCGUCAUACUCAUCAGUACUCCCGCCCAAUGCAAAGGUGAUAGAAUUUGACAUGGAGCGCGAGUACGAGCACAACGAGGCGGUGCGGGCGUCGGGCGCGCAGCAGGCGUAUAACCCGGUGCGAUCGAUCGCGCCGGGCAAGCACAGCCUGCGGCAGGUGGUCAACAUGGCGCAGAGUAACCAGGGCGCGCUCGAGGAGAGCUUCGCGAGGGCCAAGAGCAACAAGAAGGAUGCGGCGGGGAGGUAUGGUUGGUAG